AUGUUGUUACAUAGUUGGAGCAGACCCAAUCAUGAAUCUUCGGCGUCACAAGCUGUGACUUGUGCAUCUGUGAAGAACUCAAAUGUGAAGAACUGUUUAGGAAUUAUACCAGUUACUGUGAAUGCCAAAAAUGGAAAUUCCUGUCAAACAUACGCUCUGUUAGAUGACGGUGCAGAUAAAACCUUAUGUGAUGAGAGGUUGUUACAGUCUUUGAACGUCACAAGUAAACCUGUUACAUUCAAUAUUUCAACGGUAAACUCAACAAGUAGUACCAUUCACGGACAGGAAAUAGAUCUUACUGUAAUGGCGGUGGACGAAAACAGAAAUGAAGAAGUGCCACUUUCCAAGGUGUGGUCAGUGAAGGAGCUUCCAAUCUCAACAAGAUCCGCAGCAGUAAAUGUUGACUUAAAGAAAUUACCCUACUUAUCAGAUAUAGAUAUACCCCAAAUUGACACAAACAAUGUUAUGCUACUGAUCGGUACAGAUUCUCCAGCUGCACAUAUUCCACUCGAAGUGCGUUCAGGAAACAUUGAUCAACCGUACGCCGUGCGAUCACGGUUAGGAUGGGCAGUACGUGGUCCAGUUCAAGACACUUGUGAGCCUAAUACCGUAAAUGUCCACUUUGAACAAUCCAGAGACGUGUUACUGCAACAGCAACUGGAAAGAAUGUGGAAUACAGAAUUUAAUGAUAGAUCAUUGAAUGAAAAGGACUCUAUGUCUGUUGAAGACAAACAUGCUCUGCAGAUUAUGGAAUCAUCUCUUACCCAUGAAGAUGGUCACUACAAAAUUGGAUUACCAUGGAGGAAGGAGAAUGCAUCCUUGCCGAACAACAUAGCUCUUGCCCAAGUACGCCUACAACAACUGAAACGUAAACUGUCACGUGACCCGGAAUUACAUAAAAUGUAUACAACAUCCCUGAAUGAUUAUAUUGAGAAAGGAUACGCAGAAGAGGUGAAAGAUGGCCUUGAAAAUAAUUCUAGACGUACAUGGUACUUACCACACCACCCAGUAACAAAUGUGAACAAGCCAGGCAAAGUACGUGUAGUUUUCGAUUGUGCUGCUAAGUACCACGGCAUUUCACUGAACAGCCAAUUACUGCAAGGACCGGACUUAAUGAACAGUCUAGUAGGAGUUCUCAUACGAUUUAGGAAAGAGAAGGUAGCUCUAGCCGCAGAUAUUGAAGCAAUGUUUCACCAGGUGCGUGUUAUGGAAGAAGACUGUGAUGCUUUAAGAUUUCUAUGGUGGCCUGGGGGUGACAUCACACAGCAGCCAAAUUGCUAUCGUAUGAAGGUACAUUUGUUUGGAGCUACAUCAUCACCCAGUUGUGCAGCAUAUGCCUUAAAGCGUACUGCAACCGACAAUGCCCGUUUAUUUGGAAAGGAAGUGGUUUCUACAGUAGAACGAGAUUUUUAUGUCGAUGAUUGUCUGAAGUCUGUAGAAACGGAUGAUAAAGCUAUCAAGCUGGCUACAGAUCUGCCAACACUAAUGAAGUUAGGCGGAUUCCGACUUACGAAGUGGUUAAGUAACAGUAGGGCUGUACUGAACGCUAUCCCAGAAUCUGAACUCGCACCAUCUGUCGUCAAUCUGAGUCUAGACGAAACUUCACUUGGUGUGCAAUGGAAUGUUAACGACGACAGAAUCCAGAUUAAAGUCAAGCUGUCUGAUAAGCCACUCACGAGACGCGGCAUUCUGUCAGUUGUAAGUUCAAUAUACGACCCACUGGGACUCGUCUCGCCCGUAACACUUCAAGCUAAAGCUAUAAUACAGAGCCUGUGCAGACUGAAGAUCGGCUGGGAUGACCAGAUACCACAGAGCAUCAACAAUGAAUGGCAUACCUGGUUAUCAACCUUACCUUGUCUGGAGAAUGUGUCUGUAAACCGCUGUUUCCGACCAAGUGACUGUGUUAAAUCUACGGAACUGCAUAUAUUUAGUGAUGGAUCCGAAACCGCCUAUGGAGCCUGUGCUUACCUUCGAUUUGUUGAUACCUAUGACAAUGUAACAUGUUCUCUAGUCAUAGGAAAAUCUCGUUUAGCCCCGAUCAAACAGAUGUCUAUACCACGUCUUGAGUUAUCCGGAGCUGUUGUCGCUUGCCGUAUUUAUGCAAUGUUGUCCGAUGAACUAGAUAUAAAGAUUGAUCAAGUUACCUUCUGGACUGAUUCCAUGAUUGUGUUAGGAGACAUAAAGAACGUAUCAAAACGGUUCAAGACAUUCGUUGGCAAUAGACUCAGCAUUAUACAUAAUACUACCUCACCAGACCUGUGGCGCCAUAUUGACACAAAGUCGAAUCCCGCAGAUAUAGCUUCAAGAGGCAUACAUGCGAAUGACGCUAAGAAUCUACAUAUUUGGCUAAAUGGACCAGAUUUCCUAAGAAAAGAUCAUACUCAGUGGCCACAGAAUCAGGUUGCACCGGAAGUAACCGACGAUGAUACAGAAGUGAAGAGAGAAGUCAAGAUAAACAUCACAAUGACUAAUAGAAGUCUAGAUGAUAUCAUUGAUCGCUACUCAAGUUGGACUAAACUAAGAAGAGCAGUCGCGUGGUUACUUAGAUACAAGGUAUUUUGCAGACAGAAAUACUUAAAUCACGAACUUGACAUGGAAAAAGGAAACUUAACAUUAGCGGAAAUCCAGAAAGCAGAACAUGAAUUAUUGAUACAUGUACAACAGGACACAUUCGCAAAUGAGAUGAACAACUUGAAACAAUUCAAGCCAGUCAGAACUGAUAGCAGCAUUGCAUCUCUAAACCCCAAAAUGUGUGACAAACUAAUCCGAGUACGAGGACGUAUACAAUCUAGAAACCUGAGUAAAUGUCCCAUUAUACUACCAAGCAAGCACACUAUAACAAAAUUAAUAAUUCGACAUAUUCAUGAGAAUAACGGUCAUGCCGGAAAACAACAGACGACAACACUCCCCCUGCUACAACAACAGAUGGCGCCUCUUCUUGAAGAGCAGACGACACGAGAUGAACCCCCUUUCACUUACGUUGGAAUAGAUUACUUUGGUCCACUGAUUGUAAAAGAAGGUCGCACACAUGUGAAAAGAUAUGGUUGUCUUUUUACCUGUCUUUCAACUAGAGCGGUACACCUGGAGGUCUGUCAUAGUUUGACAACUAACUCCUUCGUCGCAGCAUUUCAACGCUUUACCUGUCGCAGAGGAUAUCCAAAGAAGGUGUAUAGUGACAAUGGCACGAAUCUUGUAGGUGGCGAUCGUCAGCUGCGACAGUCGAUACAAGAAUGGAAUUCUUCAGCAAUAGGGAAAUAUAUGACAGAAAAGGAAAUAGAAUGGCACUUUAACCCGCCUCAGGCGAGUCAUAGAGGAGGAGCCUGGGAAAGGAUGAUUCGUUCCACACGAACAAUUUUAAAAGCGUUGGUCAGGCAACAAUUGCUCACAGAUGAACAAUUAGUUACGCUGAUGACAGAAACUGAAAGAAUCCUGAACGAUAGACCAAUAACCAAGGUUAGCGAUGAUCCUGAAGACAUGUCUGCCCUCACACCAAAUAUGCUACUACUAAUGAAGUCUAAUAGUAGUAUUCCAAGGGGAAUAUAUAAUAAGAAUGACACAUAUGUAAAACGAUGGUGGAAACAGGUGCAAUAUCUCUCAAACGUUUUCUGGAGAAGAUGGAUACGGGAAUACUUACCAGCUAUACAACAGAGACAAAAAUGGCAAAGAAAGACCACUGAUUUACGUGUAGGUGAUAUUGUGCUAGUGUUUGACGAAAGUACCCCAAGAGGAAAAUGGCCAUUGGGAAGAAUUGUAAAAACAAACAAAAGCCGUGAUGGACAUGUACGAAGCUGUAUUGUAAAGUAUAAAAAUACACAAACAGUGAAACCAAUUACGAAGUUGUGCCUACUUGAAAGUUCAGCUUAA